AUGGGUUUCAAUUUCAAGGAGAUUAAGACGAAGAAGACUUUGAUUGGACUUGGCUUAGGACAAAUCAUCUCGCUUCUCUGUACUUGUAAUGCCUUCACAUCUUCUGAGCUCGCCAGAAAAGGAAUUAAUGCUCCAACAACACAAUCGUUCCUCAGUUAUACGUUAUUGGCAAUAGUCUAUGGAGGUAUCAUGCUGUAUCAAAGACCCACAAUUAAGGCAAAGUGGUAUCACUAUUUCCUCCUUGCUCUAGUUGAUGUGGAGGGGAACUUUCUCGUGGUGAAGGCAUAUCAGUACACAUCGAUAACGAGUGUGAUGCUACUUGACUGCUGGGCGAUCCCUUGCGUUUUGCUCUUGACUUGGGCUUUCCUUCACACAAAAUAUAGACUGAUGAAGAUCGGUGGUGUGGUUAUCUGUAUUGUUGGCGUUGUCAUGGUAGUCUUCUCUGACGUCCAUGCAGGGGAUCGAGCAGGAGGAAGUAAUCCUGUGAAAGGAGACUUUCUUGUUAUAGCUGGAGCAACUUUAUAUGCUGUCAGUAAUACAACUGAGGAGUUCCUUGUGAAGAAUGCAAACACAGUUGAGCUGAUGACCUUUUUGGGAUUUUUCGGCUCCAUUGUUAGUGCCGUUCAAAUAGGCAUACUUGAACGUGAUGAGCUCAAAGCUAUUCAAUGGUCACCUGACGUUGUUUAUCCUUUUCUUAGAGUGACAGUCACGAUGUUUCUCUUCUACUCAUUACUCCCGGUUUUACUCAAGACCAGUGGUGCAACGAUGUUCACCCUCUCGUUACUCACAUCAGACAUGUGGGCUGUUUUGAUCCGCAUUUUCGCUUACCACGAGAAGGUGGAUUGGCUCUAUUAUUUGGCAUUUGCUACUACAGCUACUGGACUAUUCAUAUACUCAAUGAAGGAGAAAGAUGAGGAGGAACAAAGAGAUGAUGUGCAGAGGAAGCUAAUCGAUGAGGAGGAUGGUGAAGCACUUGGAGUCAGCCUCAUAGGUGCUUCCACCGGAACCCUAACCAAUGCCUGA